GCAAACGAAGGAAAAUUAAACACAAAUUAGGAUCGGAAAAAGAUCAGCCAGCAGCAGUGAUUUCCAACACGCGAGCAGGUUGAUCUAGCCUACAAUAAUGAGGACGAACGGUAACAACCUCCGGUGGUCGUGUGAUUUCCGGUACCUUCUCAUUUUAGCUGCCCUGACCUUCAUUUACAUCCAGAUGCGGCUUUUUUCUACACAGUCUGAACAUGCUGAUCGACUUGCUGCUGCAAUAGAUGCAGAAAACCACUGUACAAGUCAGACAAGAUCGCUCAUUGACCAGAUUAGCCUGCAGCAAGGGCGAAUUACUGUGCUUGAAGAGGAAAUGAAGCGCCAAAGAAAAGAGUGCCAGAACCUAAGAACUCUUGUUCAAGAUCUGGAGAGUACAGGCUUGCAGAAGUUGGUAAGCAGUAUCCAGGCUCCAGUGGCAGCUGUUGUUGUCAUGGCUUGUAGUCGUGCAGACUACCUCAAAAGGACUAUUCAGUCUAUUCUAAAACACCAGACUUCUGUUGCUUCAAAGUUUCCCCUUUUCGUAUCCCAGGAUGGUGCACAUCCUGAUGUUAAAAAGCUAGCUUUGAGCUAUAAUCAGUUGACAUAUAUGCAGCACUUGGAUUAUGAACCAGUGCAUACAGAAAGACCAGGGGAAAUCAUUGCAUAUUACAAGAUUGCACGUCAUUACAAAUGGGCAUUGGAUGAGCUGUUUUACAAGCAUAAUUUUAGCCGUGUUCUAAUACUUGAAGAUGAUAUGGAAAUUGCGACUGAUUUUUUUGAUUAUUUUGAGGCUGGAGCUACUCUCCUAGACAGAGAUAAGUCAGUUAUGGCUAUUUCUUCGUGGAAUGAUAAUGGCCAACAGCAAUUUGUUAAAGAUCCUUAUGCGCUUUUCCGCUCAGACUUUUUUCCUGGUCUGGGGUGGAUGCUGUCGAAGUCUACAUGGGAUGAAUUAUCUCCAAAAUGGCCAAAUGCUUAUUGGGAUGAUUGGUUGAGACUAAAAGAGAAUCACAAAGGUCGUCAAUUCAUUCGCCCGGAGAUUUGCAGAACAUACAAUUUUGGGGAGCAUGGUUCUAGCUUGGGGCAGUUUUUCCAUCAAUAUCUUGCACCAAUUAAACUGAAUGAUGUCCAGGUUGACUGGAAGUCAAUGGAUUUGAGCUACCUCAUGGAGGAAAAUUAUCUGAAGCACUUUGCGGAAAUGGUUAAAAAAGCUAAAAUGAUAGAUGGGGCUGAUGUUGCUCUAAAAGCAAGUAAUAUGAGUGGUGAUGUGUGUAUUCAGUACAGAGAUCAGCUACAUUUUGAAGAAGUUGCACACCAGUUUGGCAUUUUUGGAGAAUGGAAGGAUGGUGUUCCAAGAACGGCAUAUAAAGGAGUGGUAAUUUUUCGGUAUCAGACCUCAAGGCGUGUAUUCCUCAUCGGUCCCGAUUCUCUUCGACAGCUUGGGAUAUAACACAAUUAACUUUUCUAAUAUUCGGUGGCCCAUUGCUCUUUUUCUAUGUCUAUGAAGGGAAUGCAUGGUUCUUUCCUUUUUUCCUUUUCGUUAUUUGAACUAAACUGUUUGACCCUGACACCCCGUGCUCCAAUGUCUCCAAACAUUUUUUCUUCAUGAAGAAUUUUAACAGGAUCCAUGUUUGACAAUAGGGUGUAAGCAAUAGAACCAACUGACAACACAAGGGAACAUGAAGAAUUUUCAUGUUCAGUACUUCAGUUACACUGAGGAGCUUCUUGAUCUUGGUGCGACAGCUCAGUUUUAAGACCUUAUAGGCAUAGAACUCUGGUCCUUCGUUACUGUGAUAGUGUGAUGUGGUUUUACAUUUCAACUGCCAUUUGAGGCAGGUAUUUUAGACUUGUCACAUGGAUUGAACUGCGACCGAAUACUUACAAGUUAUAACUCACUCAGACUUCAACUUUCUACAAGUUCUUAAUUCUCAAUAGGACGCAAAUACAGAUUACAGAGUAUGUUAUGUUUAGUGCCUGUUUGAAUGUUUGAUAAAGUACUUAUUUUGCUCAUCA